AGGUGGCGCGGCCGCCGCGACCCGCCGUGUCGGGGGCGGGGCGGCAGGCGGGGCCGAUGGAUAUACAGCGAGACGCCUGCGGGCCGGGGGCGAGGCUGCCGCCUGGCCCCGGGGGCCGCGGGGGCUCUGGGUUAUUUUAUUGGCCUUUUGCAUGGAUGGCUUCAGAGAAUGCUCCAAGAACAGGGAAUGAAGUGGAAGUCAAUUGAAUUCUCUUGCGCACUACUGAGACGAAAUGAGAUUCGUGUUUGUGGCGAGUGGAAGUCAUGGCAGCGUCUAACAUGGGAGGGAAAGACGUGAACGGACAAUGUGGCGUGACUCGUUCAGGUUGCAAAUCUUCUGCCUGCUUAUGGCAGUACUGGCUAUUGUGGUACUGGUCCAUAAUUUUUUUCAGUUAGAGCACCUGGAUGAUGAUGCGGUUUCGGGAUCAAAUUGGAUAACAGAAAACAAUGUCCAGCAUUCUCUAUCACAGACAACCAAAACUAGCAGGAAGCCUUACUGUGGGUAUAAGCAGCAGGUUUUGUCCAAAAGAGAACAAGCAGAACAGGAAUCAUUGCUUGCUGCAAUACAGUGGCCAAAACCCCCUGAUGGCAAAAUUGCCUUUAUGCAGAGCACUGAUCCUGCACAUAGUGACUUUGUGAUUGUGAAACCCAGAGGGUUCUUCAAGGUGGGUGAUCAGCUGGAGGUGCUUGUUCGCAUGAAGAAUUUCCAAGGAAAACCCAAGAAGUAUGGUGGAGACUAUCUACAGGCACGAAUUCACUCGCCUCUGCUGAAAGCGGGAGCAACAGGAAAAAUUGUAGAUUGCCAUGACGGCCUUUACAAAGUAUUCUUUACCUUGCUUUGGCCAGGAGAGGUCAAAGUUUCUGUGUCACUUGUCCAUCCGAGUGAAGCGAUCCAAGUCCUCCUGCGUUUACGAGAAGAAAGGCCAGACAGGGUCUAUUUCAAAAGCUCAUUCAAGUCUGGGAGAUAUUCAGAGACCACCGAGUGCAAUGUUUGUUUGCCUGGAGACCUCCCGGUCUGUAACUUCACAGAUCUCUACACGGGUGAGCCAUGGUUCUGUUAUAAGCCCCGAAAACUGUCCUGUGCCAGCCGAAUCAGCCAUGCUAAGGGUGGGUAUCAAAAAGGUCUUCUGACACAAGGAGAAAGCCUCUUUUUCCAAAGUGAUGUGAACAUCAAAAGGCCAAUACUCUCCAGUGGACCUGAUUCAGUGAUGGUAAAGCCCAAGGCAUUUACAGAUUCAAGCAGUAUGGACAGAGCUGAAGAUCCCACAGUUUCCCCUUCUGGUUAUUAUUAUGAAGACCAGUGGAGGUCCAGAACACAGUGGAUCCAUCAUUUUAACAAGUCAGAUGAUAUAACCACGUGCUUACAAGGAAAAGUAGUCCACUUGUUUGGAGACUCUACAAUAAGACAGUGGUUUGAAUAUCUGACAGAAUUUGUUCCAGAUCUAGUGGAAUUUAACCUGGGGAGUCCUAAGAACGUGGGCCCUUUCAUGUCUGUGGACCUGAAGCACAAUAUCCUACUGAAGUUCCGCUGUCACGGGCCACCCAUUCGCUUUUCAACAGUCUUCAGCAGCGAACUGCGCUACAUUGCCAACGAACUGAACGGCAUUGUGGGUGGGCGAAACACGGUGGUCGCCAUAACUAUAUGGUCCCACUUCAGCACUUUCCCUGUGGAAGUGUACAUCCAGCGGCUGAGGAACAUUCGGAGAUCGGUUAUUCAACUGCUGGAUCGCAGCCCCAAGACUUUAAUCGUCAUCAGAACCGCUAAUGUUCAGGAGCUUGGGCCAGAAGUGAGCCUCUUUAACAGUGACUGGUAUUCCUUUCAGCUCGACUCUAUCAUGAGGAAAAUGUUCUCAGGAAUUGCUGUGCACUUUGUGGAUGCUUGGGAGAUGUCUCUGGCUCAUUACUUGCCACAUAACUUGCACCCAAAAGAAGUCAUUGUUAAGAAUCAAAUAGAUGUAUUUUUAUCUUAUGUGUGCCCUCUGCAAACUUAGCACAAGUGGUUAUCCCUAUGUUAUCUUUCUCUAUAGCUGCAGUUAAGUUGCUCUUUGUCAGAGCUAUCAGAUUAUGCUGGGUGGUGUGGAAGAACUCUGGUUAUUGUACUUGCAUACAGUAUAAGUGGGGUGGCCUUAACUCUGGGUAGCUGUGAAGUGUGGUAAAGAGGAGCUGACUGUUCAGGCCAUAUCUUCCUACGGAGUUGAUUCCUUUCAACCUUAUCGUUCAUAUCUGAGAUUAUUAGAGAGCACCUUAAAUUAAAUUGACAGAAUUCAGUAAGAAAUUAUGUGGGUUAUUAGCUUUACUAUUUGUCUGCACUGUGUGUGUGUAAUUUAAUCCAUACAGCACCAAUUCUGCUGCUCAGAACUGUGUAUGAAACCUGGGAAAGAUUUCUGGGAGCAGUCUUUCUUUCAGCAUUCCAGAGUUUGAGGGAGAUCCCCUCCAGCUGUGUGUCAGAGAAGCACAGUGUCUGUUCUUAUUUCAAAGUCCUAAUCAGAAAUAUGAAGGGGGUGUACCAAAAUCACUAAUAUCAAGCAAGGAAGCACAAUAAAAAUAUCUAUAGCAUUAAGUCAUCAAGAAUUUGCUGAAAUUUAUUAGAGUACACUAGGUAGGCAUCCUUGGUGUUUACAGAUAGCUGCUAAAUAAUGCAAAUAGACGGCAUUAUAGUUUGGUUUCCUGUACUACUGAAUCUCUUUGAGCUUUGAUACAUUGUCUACUUCUUGUUUUAUCUGUCAUGCAGAAAUGUGUAUAUUAUGACCUCAGUGAAGACACUGUCUCAGGCAGCUUCUGCAAGUUUAAGUUGCAGGCUUGUCUACUUUAAGCUUGAAAUAACUAAUGAAAGGGUUUCCAUUAGAUAAAGCUAUUCCGUUAUGCUCCUGCAAAGCUGAGCUUCUGACAACUACUCUUGUGCAUCAUUCGUACGUUGCAUCUGUACAGAGAAGCCAAGUGACCUGGAUGUGCCUGAUGAUGUUUGGCAAUGGGUAACAGUGACUGGCACAUACCAGUCUCAGGGACUUGCGAUGAUGCCACUUCUGUGUUUGGCAGUUUUAUCACUUAUUCAUGAGCUUUGCUGCUGCCAAUACAAAAAUGUCAAAAAAUUCACACCCAAAAGCCAAAGGCACACAGGGUUACCCUUCGUGCAGGUACUUGGUACGUGUUUGCAGUUUUGCUUGUGUGAAAGCUGGUGGCUCUUGGGCCUCUUGGUGUGGCAUUUUCUGCUGCUAAUUUGAUGGAGCCUGUCUAUAUUUUAAGUAGUGGCACUCUGAAAACAAAGUUUUGAUUAAAUUCAGCCCACAAAUUAAACAUGAGAGAAGCAUUCUGUGUCAUCUUAAAUAAGUAUGUCUCACUCAGGCCAACAGUGUAGUCUUUACCUGUGCCUUUACUGAGAAAUGUGUCAAAACAGGAGUGGAGUGCUUCUGAAGCAGCUUGUCAUGCUUAAGGAGAACAUGGAAGUUGAGACUUUGAGUAAACCUAGAAGAUUAAAAAUUAGUAAGGCAUACUGGUAGGUCGCACAGCAUGGAAUAAUGGAAAUGUCUUAAUAUUAGAGAUGUUUUACUCUUUGCCAGGUUUGCUACUAUGUUAGGAAGAUUGUGCUCUUAUUGCUGGAGCCCCAAGAGGGCUAAUGCUACCAGCUACAGAAACAGUAGUUUUUGUUUUGUUCAUUUUAAAAGACAACUGUGAAGUGUUUUAAAAACAAAUGCUAAUGCUUUUAGCACGUAAAAGUUGGCAGGAGCAUCCAUCUAUAAACUUACCGACUUUAAAGUGUUUAAAAAUGACCGAGGGAGUCGUGUACACUGAAAUAGCGUUUAUUCUUAGCUUUUCAAAUGAGAAUUAAGGAAGUCCGAUUUGCCAGUUUCUACUGACAACAGCCUCACAUAGUAUCUGCCCAUACAUUAGCUUUAGGUUACUAUUUCUUACUUUAAUAUGUGAAUGGCAAUUUAUCCUCUGCUAAAAAGAGACCACACCAAUUCAGGUGUGGGAAGGUAAACCACUGCAAUGCAAAAUGACCUUUCAUCUUUUCCAAGUGUGUUUUUUAAAAUAGGUAGAGUGUAAGGCUUUCAUCCUGAAUAACAAAUCUAUCCAAAUAAUGUUAAUGAAAAUAAGACUUCAAACUUUUACCUUGAAGGAAACUACUUAAUUGGUGGACUAACAAUUUGGUUUUCCUCAUAAAGCCAUAUCAUGUGUGAAAGUGUUGUGGCAGCACGUUUCUUCUCUGAAUGUUGUAGCUCUCACCAAGGCUCUUCAACAGCAAUUUUAAAUCACUGUCAGCUGUCAAGAAGAGAUAGAGAAGAAUAUAUUUUUUGAAUGUUUUGUCAAUUGAAGGAAAGAGAACAGGAUUGCUACUAGCAAAGAUGCCUAAUCACCUUCUGGUAGAACCUCUCCCUUAUAAAUUAGUUCAGUUGAUUUUUUAAUAACAGAUGAAUUAACUUUUAGGUAAUGAGGGAAAUGGCCAGUUUAUUUGGAAUGAGGAUCAAUAUUUUAUUUCUUUGCAUUCUGAUUGAGACAGGGAGGAGAAAAGGGAAAACUGAGGGUUUACUCAUGUUUUAAGAUGAGGACUGAUGACAGCUGUGCUUAUAUAUGUCAUUCAGUUGAACUAUGGAUGAUUUUUCAUUUCUAUUCUCAUCUUGUUACUAGUUGUGUGUGUGCUGUAUAUGGAAACAUAGAAGCAAUAAAAUAUUUUUAAAUCAGUUUCUCUAAA